UGCACUUUAUUAUAUCGCGUGUCUAUGUGUUUAUACGAACAGAGAUAGGAGCAGAAAUUAUAGCGUAGCGCUUCAAUCACGCCGCGUCAAUAUCAAAGGCGCGCCACAAUUCUUCCAAUUAGUUUCGCAAGUUACUUCGUGCCGCGCGAGUAUCUUCAGAAACGGGAGAUCCCAUUCGCGAGACUAAAUAGCGAUAAUUAAAGUAUAUCCGUUAUAAACUGAAUUGCGUUUAUGGAUGAAAGCGUCUAUCGAAGAAUAAUUGAUAAAAUAAUAAUUUGAUUUCAAAAUAAUAUUGUUCGAAUACGAUGAAAUUAUAAUCUUCUCAAUUUUUUUGAGAAAAUAGCGGAUAGAGUGAUCGUAUGUAUUUUAUGUUCUAUGCGAUCGAUAUCUAUAAUGAAACGAACGCUUGUCGAAUUUGUGUUAUAAUCUUCGUGUUUUAUGUGAGACGGUGAAUAUAUUUUUCUCGGUUUCACACUUCGUUAUGACGUUGCCUCGGUGCAUAAUUACAUCGACGAAAGCUGCAACAUCAUGUCGAUCAAGUAUUUUUUCUGCGGACGUUUUUAAAAACGGUUGAGAGAAACAAGUAAGUCUGCUCUUAAAUCCUCGGGAUGGAGCUAAGAACGGCGAAACUGUUACUUUACUCGACACUGAUGGUCGUGGUGUGUUGGAGCCAGGAAUAUUGGACGGCGCAGUGUUCGUCGUCGUGCAAGUGCAGAUGGAUCUCCGGCAGGAAGACCGCCGAAUGCAUCAAGCAGAAUCUCACGCAGAUACCCAGCAGUUUGUCGCCAGAGAUCCAGAACUUCGAUUUGACCGGGAAUCGUAUCAUGCACCUGAUGCACGACUCGUUCAGUCGGGUGCAUCUAGUCAAUCUUCAGAAGCUGGUGCUGCGAAAAUGCGAGAUCGAGUCGAUCCACACGGACGCGUUCAACGGCCUGAAGAUCGUGAUUGAGAUCGACUUAUCAGGAAAUAACAUUAAAACCUUGUAUCCCGGUACGUUCAGGGAGACGCAACGAUUGAGGGUGCUGUUGUUGAACGAGAACAAGCUGAAGGUGUUGGAAAACGGGUUGUUCCACAAUCUCGCGUAUCUACAGAAGGUGAUGCUGUCUAACAACGAGUUAGAACGAGUGGAGGAGGAAACCUUUCGUGAUCUUCCGGAAUUGCGAUUGUUGACCUUGGAUGGGAAUAAUCUCAGCGUAUUGAGGGUGCAGAGCUUCGAAACGUUACCGAAGCUUGGCAGCCUAGAGCUGCAUAACAAUCCAUGGAAUUGCAAUUGCCGUCUGAAGAAAUUUCGCGAUUGGACGAUAGAACGAAAGCUGUAUACGAAACCCACUACAUGCCAGCAGCCAGCUACCCUUGCAGGGAAGAUGUGGGACGAAGUCAGCAGCGACGAAUUCGCUUGCCGACCUGAAAUCUUCACGAUAGGACCGUCAGUGAAGAUCGAGGUUGGCAAAGGCAACGUCACCUUUUGGUGCAAGGCUUCUGGGAUUCCACGACCGCAGUUGGCCUGGGUACAUCGGUCGAGAAUCUUGAACAAUCAUACGAGACGACACAACGGAGAGAAAAACUACAUCCUGAAAUCGAGCCACGAAUGGCUGAACCUCACGAUACCGGACGUUAUUCCUUCGGACAAGGGUGAUUACGUCUGUCUGGCGAAAAGUCCGGGCGGAAAUACAGAGAAGAACGUGACCCUGAUUAUCGCUGGUGACGCCAUGGGCGGCAAGGACAAUAUAAUUAGUCUGCCUCUUGCGCUCGGUUUGGGCGUGACUGCGUUGCUACUUCUGGUGGUGACCGUGUCCUUUUGCGUGUGUUAUUGUCGUCGUCGACGAACGAGGCACGACGAGAAGAGCUUAGAGGCCGCCUCGAUGGAACACCACGGCCUCGGUGAACAGGAGAAGUCCCUCAUCACGACUAUAAAUCCCGUGGUGAAGCCACCCAGACGAUACGAAGCGCCUUCGGUGACGUCGCACGGCACCGAGAUGACAGAGCUGAACCGUACAUUGCUCGACAACGACUCAGUCUUCGCUGAUGGUAUCGGUGGCGGUGUCGGCAGCGGAGUGAUCGGCGGCGUCGGCGACGACGAGAGGGAAGAACGAGCGACGCCAGAGCUCGAGAGCGGAACCGGCACCAUGUGCCGCGGAGGAGGCGGAAGCUACCGCCAGUAUCCGCCGGAUCUGUUGGCCUUCUCCGGCGGUCGAGGCGCAUCGCCGACGAGCCAGGCGUCCACCGCGCCCGACAACACGCGUCUUCCGAGUCAACAUGUGACACCCACCACAGCCGCCUUUGGCUCACCCUCGAACCAAUAUCCAGCAGCUUUCAAGACUCUGCCGCACAACCGUAGCGUUACACCCUAUGGAAUUACGAGCUCUUCGAUCGCACCCGUAAUGCCACGUCAUGGCUACGUGACGAUACCACGCAGACCAAGAGCACCCAGCUGGAGCAGCGGACCACCCACAUCGCCUACGGACGGAUUGGAGCCGGUUUACGAUAAUUUGGGAUUAAGGACGACCGCUGAUGGUAGUUCGGUCCUAUCGUUGAACAAAAGUCCCGAACCGUUGUCCUCGAUGAGGAAUCGACCUCUGCCUGGAACGCCAGGCUCGCACUAUGGUACGAUACAACGAAGCACACCGAAUAUAUUGACCAGCAGUCCACUCGAUAGAGCCGCUCCGGAAGGUGCAGCCGAAUGGCCAACCAAACUCGCUGACGAAUCGACUGACAGUAGUCAUCUUGUAGGACAAGCCCAACCGCAACAGCAACAACAAUCCGGUAGUAGCAACACGUUAGGAAGAAAAGUACCACCGAGACCACCACCGAAACCUAAGAAGAAGUCAACCAACGGUCCCCUGUACGAGGACGAGGGCGAAGACGGCACAGAGGUAUGAUCGACGUACGUCGGUCGACGAAGAUGAGGCCGCGAGGUCGUGGCCGUGCUGAGGAGGAGAGACGCAUGACCGAAGCCACAUUAAACCGGUAGUGCCUUUCAAGUUGAAACGACCCCCUCGAUACGCGACGGGUCGAUAUUCGGUUGGAGCGCGUAAGUUCCGCCGGCGAACGUGCUGACGAACGAGCGUGCCGGGGGCUUCCACAUCCGGUGAACAUGGUUCGUCGAGUAAACCGCUGACUUUGGCGGAGAAACACCAGCGAAAUUUUUCGGACGAGACGCCUUUGCCGGUUGUUCUUUCUUUGUUCAUCGUGUAUCCUCUCUGUCUCUUUUUAUGUAUUUUAUAAUUUAUUCGGUUCGCGGCGCAUGACAGGGUUUCCGAUCGCAUGGAGGACAAAUAUAUAUUAUGUGAUUCGUGAGAUCGACACACGGAUUCUCUAGAUAGAUCGACGCAACGGUUGAUAACGCGAAUAACGAUAAAAGUGUCGAAGCGAUUGAUGGAAAAUCGACUAUGUCUUUCAAGAUCGUUUUACAAUUUCGGGGAGGAACUUUCGAUGAAACGUUUUUUUUUUUUUUUGGAAGAAACAAUCUCGACGAUACGAUGGAUACAACAAAACGCCACAAACGCUCGUGACUGGUUUUACUAAGUGUAACGAGAAAAUUAGUGGAUAGUGGAUUGUGCCGUUCACGGACGAUCAUAGACAGAAUUCAUGUAAAAUACAACGUAACUGGACAUUAGCAUUAAGGAUAAUGUCUCCAUAAGGAGACGUUCGUCUUAUUUAUUGACGUGCUUGUUGCAUGCCUAACGAAGAUCGCGUUCAAACCGCAGCAUCGUUUUGACGAUGCUGCUUUUAUACAAUCUAUUUGCGAAACGAUCAUGUGAUCGAUAGCUCUUAAUUUUUAUUAUUUCAAUAUAUUUCCUCCUUUUUUUUAUUAUUAUUAUUUAAAUUUUGUACUUCCACCGAUGUGUACUAUGCUUUCGAUCAUUUUUACACGAUAUUUCGACUUUGUUAUUGUACUUUUUUAUCCUUCAAGGAAGUGCAAAACGAUGCUUUGUUUUUCUACUUCUCUUAGAUUUAAGAUUAUGUUUCUUUAUUGUUUUAAUUACAUAUUACAUAUUACGCAUUGGUACUUGACCGCAUCGAACCGGUAUCUGUUUUAGCGAUAUGUAAAUCGGAAUUAAGAGUAACGCACGGGAAACCAUGUGCAUGGUUCUGCACUAUGUAAAAGAAAACGUAUUCAAGUAACGGACAUGUUAGAAUAACUGUUUCUAGUAACGUUGACAGAAACGCAUACGUAAAAUCUUCCGAUUAUAUUCGUUGUUAAUGGUAAAAUAUCACAGAUGUUCCAAUCUGAGUGUUACGAGGUCGUAAAUCGAUAUGAAAAGAUCGGUCCUAUGGAUUUUCUCAAGAGUAGUGGCGCGGUUUACACGAUCGACGUUAUAAGAUACCGUGAUUAAAUUCAUGUUAUUCUCAUCCCUCGAAACUACUCAGAAAUAUUUUAAUAUUUGCGCAAGGCCAUGCUACUUCGUAUCUACGAAGAGAGAUCUCAGUGUACGUGCAUUUUUUCUGGCGAAUCGCCGAAUGUAUGUUGUAAAAAGAAAUCAUCGUACAGCUUGUACAUACAAUGUGUAUUAUACUACUUAAGAAAUAGCUCGUCUAUCCUCUGAUGGUUCGAUCUGACUACGGUUUCGCCGAAUCGUACGUGAAACAAGUGAUUCUGCACGAAAAUUUUUUUGAAAAAGAAUGGAAAUGGCGACACGUGAAAACAAGGCGCGUCUAAUCCUUGAGUUAGGGAUACAACGUAAAUCGAUCUUAGAACUAACGAAAAAAAAAAAAAAAAAAAAACUGUCGUAUACGUAAAACACGAAGAACUGCAUAUGCGAUUCGCAUUUAAUUAACAGAUUUAAUUUAAAAAGGUGUACGAGGAAAAGAAGCUGUACAUUCAAAGCAAUUGAUUGUGAAUUAUUUCUUUCGGCUCCAUAGAACGCGUGACUGAAACUUCCUUUUCAUCGAACUUCGAUAGCUUCGAUUACGUCCUUCGUAUAAGUUCCUCGAGUUUUGAGGAAAUUCACGAUACUUUCCGGCCAUCGAUCUGUCUCGCGUGUCAAACGAAAUGCAACAUGACCGAAAGGCAAACAUUUUUAGCCGAUUCAGUAUUCUAAUGGCCUUACAGAUAUACAGAAAGGAUCAUUCUUGGACUAAACGUUUAUCGCUCGUAAGCUACACGAACUCGUUAUACUUUCUGUACGCUUUAUCCGGAGCUUAACGUUGCAUUCCCGACUUUGGCGAGGAUUUAGGGAUCGAUCGUUCGCGCAACUUGUUGCGAACACACGAAUCCUCAUCCUGUAACGCUAGUUCUAACGGAACAGUCCCUUCAACGACUUCGAAUAUUCCUAACAGGCUUCCCGUUUUCUCAACGAAUCUUCCAAGCACCAGGAAACGCUUCAAGAUAAUUAAACGGUUUCGAGCGACUUUAUUUUUUCAUAAAGCAUUCGCUAAUUCUGAAUUUACAACGAACAAACAUUUGCUUCUGUGGACCUUUCUUCACUGGAUUUUUCCUCUCUGAAAGCGAUAUUUUAAUUAUUUAAAGCAACGUAGCUUGCGCAUUAUAACCUGAGUUUGUUUGUUAAAAGCACAGGAUGUGUCACGUAAUUGGAAAGAUUUGAACGCUCUGUUUGUUUGAAAAUAGUAUAAAUGGAAGAGAAAAAUGUUGAGUGGUACGAAUUAUUUUCAUAUUCUGUCUUUUGCUUGAAACAGGAAGACACAUACUUUUGUUUAAUCAAGCCAAUCCCUCGAGUAUUGUAUUAAAAUAAUUUUUCCAGAAUGUUCCAAUUACAAAAUUACAAACUAUUCGUAAUUAUUAUUUUAUACGAUAAUUUUUAUAAAGUUAAAUAACGUUAAAUAAAUAUAAAUACGAUAAAAAGAACCGAGCUUGAUUAAGAACAUUUUUAAAUAUAUUAACAUUCUUUGCUAUGUGCUAAAUAUCCAAAAGACACCACUUGCAACAAAAAAAGUGAUAUCGUAUCUAAAAGAUCAGACGUUACAUUCUAUUAUAAUUACUAAAAAAGCGAAAUAAUAAAUUUUCUAGAUAAAUUUUGUCAACUCUUUUUCUAUCACUUUAUCUAUUUUCAGUCAAAUAGAAGGUAUGAUUCUUUAUAUGCAUAUUUGAAGAAAGAAGUCUUAUUCUUCUUUACAACUACUUGGGUAAUAAUAAUGACGUGUCAAUUUAUGAAACAAAGGGUUUCGUGAUAGCGAUGAAAUAUCUUCCCCGAGCAUCAUAACGCACCUAACAGUAUUACGAAACGAAUCUAAGGACGAUGAUGCGAUGCCGAUGGGACGGCGCGGAGAAAAUCGCGGCGCGAUCGUGUAACUUCGUUUCCUCAGCUACGUUUUAACAAAUAUACAAUCUAUUAACAUAAUAUUCUUAAAAGGAGAGCAAGAAGAGAAGUUAAUAUAAAAUAGGUGCCAAUGUACAGUUAUCUCUUACUAGUUGUUCUGGAAGUAAGAAUUUACUACGAAUAGUCUUUGAAAACCUUUCUAAGGAGAAAAUUUAAUGGAGAAGAAAUUUGUGUGUUUUACUCGUACUUGUUAGAUAAUAGAUGUUAAACUUUGUGAAUAGAGGAUUGCGAUGCUGUAAUUCACGUUGUAGGGAUUAAUUGAAGGAGGAGUUGUAAUAGAAAAUAAGAAUCAUUUUCUCCUUUCAUUUUUUAAAGCAAUUACACUCUUCAAUUAUUUCUUUCUUUAUUUUCGUUCCGAUAAACUUCACUUUCUACGAACGCAACUAUCUGUAAACGUUAAAUCUAAUUUCACACUAUCUUCCAAAAUUAUUUAUGUAUAUAAAUGUUUCCUAUUUCAACUUCAAAUUAAAAGUCCCUAAGAUGGUAAUCAGUCUUAUGACUCAACUUACAACAUUGGAGAUUUGUCGCGUAAAAUCUCUAACACUUGAAAAUCGAACGAAUAAGGAAACCAGGAAUGUGUACGAAAAUUUCCGAUGAAUGAUCUCGAACGCUCCUUCGCACAAAGAUCACCACAAUCGACCGGAAGCGAGAUUACACGAACGAAUCGUUGCGAAUUAUUUUAAGCGGCCUAGCAGAGUCGCGGCUUGUCCGAUCCAAUUGUUGUGCCACGCCCUGUAAAUACACACGGACCUUAAUUGCACGCUAAUUCACGACGUUGUUUAUAUGUAAAUGUAGGCACGUACGAAGCAAGCGUGGCACGACCGGUUGGUACGGCGCCACGAGUAUAUUUUUGUAAUUUUGUAUUUUGACGAAUUCUCCGACUACGAUUCGUACCCACGACAAUCGCGCGGGGAAGAUACGCUUCGUCUGUAUUCCACGUUCUUAGUCUCAAGGAAUUAACCGGAUCCAGAAAGCGAUUCGCGCAGCUGUAAAAUAUGUCGAGACGGUCGUUAGAUUCCUAGGAUUUGCCUCGUCUGCGAUCAUCUCCUCGUUUAAUUCCUCGUCGUGUGUAUGCACAGGUUCUCUACACCGAUUUCUUGAUUCGCAUUGGCGCUUACAUAUGUAAUGUCGAGGUGUAUUUGUCGAGAUUACGAUUCGAUUUGAAUUCCAGUAUAUAAGGGGCGGUUGGUUAAAUAUAACGUCGCGUGGAUGUUUUUUGAAGGUUGAUUCUUCAUCCUUGAUUUUUCAAGAGCAAAAGAUGCUUAGUUUUAUUUGAGAUUUAAGAAGAUACAAAUGAGAAAUAAUUUAUUUUCAUUUCUUGAAAAUAUUCAGUAUACUUUACUGUUUGUCCCAUAAUAAUGAUCAUGCCGUCGAAGAACUAAUUUUGCAACUUGAAACUUGUACAGACUCACAGAGACAUUCGUACCACGUGUCGCAUUAAUUGUUUCGAAACACGUUUGCAACAAUUGUCAUCGAAAAUUUACCGAUUCGAAAAAAAUUCCUUUAGCCCCCAAAGAGAGCAAGUAGAAGGAACGCUGUUCGUCGAUGAGAUUUGUUUCGCAUUGAACGCAUUCGCGUGAACGCAACCCUUCUCGAUUCCCCGCCAUAGUUUCCUCCACAUAAUGAAUAGCGGUACGAUCGUACACGCGAAAAUAGAACGUAUACGAUCCCCGCAAUUAUAACGUAGGGGGUCAACCCCGUCUGCUCUAUGUGCUAUUAGCUGUGACGUGUUUACCAGGGAUGCGCAUGACGAGCCAACACCAGUCAGCGUGUAAUUAUUAUGGCAAGGAUACUUCGUGCGCGCAGUUAGGCUGUUCGACGCUUUAAUGACACUCCCUCUUUGAUCCUCGAACGUUGCAAUAACAUGGUUUAUGCGUCUUUCUAUUCUACUCUACCGACUGAAAGCACGACUUAGAGGCGAUAUCAUUCGUUCUCUAUCGUCCUUCAUGAACAGACCAUUUUUCCAAUCGAUAGACGCGUACAGAUACUCCGAUCCUUCGUCAACGUCUAUCUUCUAAUGACUCUGCGUAUCUACCUGUCAGGUAUAUAUCCGCUUGAAGUCAUUACGCCGUGGCGGAAAUUAAAGUCGAGGGGGAGACAGAAAGAGAACAUGAAGCGGGUUGAAGCGGUGGAGAAAGACGGUGCCUAAAGUCCGUGUAAUUGCAAAUGUCGAUGCGUUCUUGUGAGGACACGUCUCGGUUGGUAUUUUUAAUGAGGCACACGCGAGAUUUUCUCGUUUCGAGGCUAGAAACGAUCCGAGGGCGUUGGAAACAGGUGAAAAGACUGCUCGCGACGUCGACGAGGACAUUAAUAGAGCGACGUUGAAAGGACGACGUCCCGGCACUUGUUACCGGUUUUCUGGUUGAAUUGUGGAAUUAUCGAGCGUCGAUGGGAACGCGUAACGAGCCCUGUUUCUCGUCCGCCGCUAUCGACGAACCACAGCCCGAGCGAACGCGGCUUGGCCACGUUUUAAUUGCCAGAUAAAGUUUGCCCGAGGUGGAAGUAUUAAAAAUUCGAUUCGGUCAAUUGUUUGCGACGUCGAUUUAGCUCGACGAUUACGGGAGAAAAGGGGUAACGAGAACACGCAGUGUUUAAUGUAAAAUUAUAAUUCGGCCUUGAACGAAUUAUUUUGCGUAGUUUGCUAAUGAACUUGCAUGGGCACAAUAGUAGAAUCAUUUUUUGAUAGAUAUUGAAAUGAUUGCAUAAUUUCCUGUAAUUUAUAGACACGUUUUACGACUUAAUUAUUCAUGGAUUACAACUUAAUAUUCGAAAGGAUGAAAAUGUUUCAUAAUACAAGGUUUGGCUUUUUACUUCGUGGUAUAGAUGUUGCCCAAAAAUGUUGAUACAUUGUAAAAACGUCAGAACUGGUGUUAGAAUAAUUUUUUCUUAAAAAAAGAAAAUGAAAUCGCGUAAAUCGACCAGUUGCAUUCUGCGUCUUAUGCUGCCAGAGAUGUACUUAAAAAUCGCGUGGUUUUUUCGUCCAUCUAAUUUUCAAAGCGCCACAGUAAUAUGGUAAUUAUAGCCUUCAUCGAGGAUAUAUCGAAAAUUGUAUAUAAUAUUCUUAGUUUCGUCACCGAGAUAUUGGCGCCGAGUUUUUGAUUUACAUCCCUAGAGGUGCAGGCGAAAGUACCGUCCAAUACACCGAUCCGACUAUAACAAUCUGAAGGUUAGACGCGUGUAAUUAAUUUUAUUUCACUGAUAGAUGCGGAUGUUUCAAAAUGUAGUAUUUCGAGAGAAUUUCACCGAUCGUUUUUAUGAUAAAUUUUUUAUAUAAUAUAUAUUAAUAUUAUUUUUAUUAGGGAAAGAUUUAUAAAUUUAUCUGCCACGCAUAAUCGACGAAAACAAUUUCUUUGGAACAAAUAAAAUUAUAGGACUAAAUAUAAUAGUACUCUUUUUGGAAAUUGAUAAAUUCCUGACGUUCAAUUAUAGCCAUUUAAAUGAUAAAUUCGGUAAUAUAAAUACAUUUAGUACUUUUAGAAUGGAAGCUAAGUGUCUCGCAAAUGUUUAUUCUAUAAUAACGUAUUCAUUCGAGAAGCAUCCACGAGAGAAGCGAAUAAUGUUGAAUACAUUCCAAAAGGGACGAUAAUAAUCUUCUUAGUUAUUCUAUUUCCAUUUUUAAAUGCAUUUUCCAGCCGCAUUUUCACUGGUUCUUUCAAGUGUAGUUCAUAUUCCGAGAGAGUUUAUAACAGCUAACUAAUUCUCGGAAAUGAAAGAUAAAACGCUAAUUUAAUUGAGUACAUGGCUGAUGGUAUGAAAAUCGCUAGCAACGAUACAAGUCUGACAAAAAAAUUAAAUUUUUCUUAACGUCAAAAGUCAUCUAAAAAUCGAAAUUAUAAAUUUCUGAACGAGUGAUAAACUCUUAAACUUAAUUUCCGAGCAUUAAACGUAUGCUGCUAACGAUAUUCUUGCUUGAUAGUUUGAAUCGUGUAAAUUUAAGUGUAUCAUAUGCGUAUCAUAUUUGUUUAAAUGCCGUUCCUUUGCAUGUACUGAGAAUCGCAUAAAAUUUUGUAUAAUGUUCGCAUCUAUUUAUUCAUCGAACUGUUUCAACCAUUCUUCAAAGACUGAAACUUUUGUAAUUGAAAAACUAUGUGAUUCCGUUUUGUGUAACUUUCUCGAUCCAAAGGAAUUGCAUUCACGACAAAAACAUAAAAUGGUUGAAUAUAACUCCCAAGGUGAUCUACGCGACGUUCGCGCAAGAACAAUUUUCUUGGGUUAAUUAAACAUUGAACGGUCAUGCUUUGAAAGCUAUUCGAACAAAUGCGUAAAUACACGCUUCUAUGGGAAGACUUCAUCGCGACUCGUUACAUGAUGCGAUAAAGGUUUGAAGUAAACCAGCGUUGUCCAGACUAAAUUACAAACUUUAGAAUGUUUACCUUAAAUGGUUAAAGUCUCCUUUGUCACACUGUAGAAACAUUGGUUGAUGCCACGUUAUGUAUAAAAAAAAUAUAUAUUGGUGAAUCCUCUGUUUCUGGUGAAGAUACGAAGGAGCUUAAAAAAAAGACAGAUAUAUAUAUAUAUAUAUAUAUAUAUAUAUAUAUAUAUAUAUAUAUAUAUAUAGAAAGCUUUUUUAUUUACGGAUGAUGCUGGUAUAAGUCUCAGAUCAAUUAGUUACUCAAGGCUACUUCUCUGAAUUAUGGAACAUGUUUGUGACAAAGAGUUUGAACCUUGUGUCUUUAAAGUUGGCACAAAGUGAUAAAACAUAAAGUAGCCUUGAGCAUUCAACUGAUCUGUAGCAAAUACUAUUUCAAAUAGUUCUAAAUGAAAAAAAGAUUAUGCUUUCUCGAUUGAUCGCUCGAAUCGUGUCCUAAUCAUCGUUGAAACUGCCUAACUCAUUCCAUCGCCACUUGUUUAAAGAAUAUACAUAUUAAAAUAGGACUUUCCACAUGUAUACUGUAACGUGUAACGAUAGUACCGUGCAGAACGCGAAGCAUGUUCCUGACGAAGUGUUGUUGGGGCGCCGUUUUCUGUGGAUCAGCCGCGUCCAGGUUUCUCGUACUUGAUGAGCGUGUACGCGGACUUUUAUGGGGCCGAGUUAUGAAUAAAUGACGUUUCAUUAACAUAUUUUCGUAUCUCGUACAGCUUUAAGUUGUACAGGAUAAGAACGCUUUAAAGUGUUUUUAUCAUAAAUAGGGAUUAUUAUAAAUGUAAAGGAACUAUGUUUGCGUGUCACGAUAUAGGUGUAAGAAACUCUCUAGGGAAAACGUAGCGAUCAAGAAUUUUUCUUUUACUUUAGAUUCUAGAUGACAUAGGAAUGUUAAGGAUGGAUAAUCGAGAUAAAAAUCUUUGCGAACGUUGAUCAUGUCUUCUUUUUUCUAUUUUAUUACAUAUUCUUUUUUUAUUAAUUUUCGCGUUAUUAUUAUUAUUGCUAUUAUUAUUGAUAAUAUUUACCGUCGUUAAUAUUUAACAUUUCUAUCGAUCUAUUGGAUUUAUAUCGUUAUGUUGCGUUGUUAUUAUCAUUGUGAUCAUUAUUAUUUGUAGGAAGUUUUGCCAGAGAAAUUGUACUACUUGCCUUGUAACGGAAUUUAGUUUUAUUCUGUCAACAUUUUGGCUGAUUAUAAUUUAUACGCUAUUGUCAAUGUACUAUGUAUAUCACUGUAAAUACUAUACAUAUUUUAUAAAUGAAAUAUUUAGCGUGACUGUAAUAUUAAGAGAAUGUACUGAAAGCACCACUCUGUACACUCCACGAUGGUUAAAUUUUAAUAAAUAUUUCCCAAUCCCA